AUGGUGCAGAUGUGGGAGAUCGUGGGUGGCGGGGACAAAGGCGGUAUCAUCGUCAGGGAUGGUGAAACCACCAAGUCCAACCAGCUGGACGAUCGCCUCUCCACCGGUGCACUUGUAGAAGAGGUCGAGCUGAAGGGCGACCGCCUGCACUACAAGCUGGUUUUGGGCACAGGCCCGCCCGAUGGCUGGGUGAGCACCAAAUUGAAGGACAAAGAUCUGGCCGUGAAGACAGACAAAGCUCCUGUUUCGAGCCCUCCUCCCACAUCCGUGGGCCCGAAAGGGGAGGCACCCCUGCCCAUUGGCCUCUUCUUCCCAGGCCAGGGAUCACAGUAUGUGAAGAUGAUGGAGAAGGUCAUGGACAUUGCCGCGGUGAAGGAGAUGAUCGAGAAGUCGAAGCCCAUCCUCGGCUACGACAUCCUCGAGAUUUGCCUCAACGGCCCCGAGGACAAGCUGGAGGAGACCCGCUACUGCCAGCCCGCCAUGUUCCUCGGUGGCCUCGCCGGUCUCGAGAAGCUGAAGCAAGACAAGCCUGAGGCCGUGUCACGAGCAUCCGUCAUGGCCGGCCUCUCCCUAGGUGAGUACACGGCUUUGUGUGCUGCGGGGGUGAUGUCCUUCGAAGAUGGCCUCAAGCUGGUGAAGCUUCGAGGAGAGGCCAUGCAGGAGGCGGCGACGUCCGGAGCAAAGAAGCAACUGAUGCUGUCCGUCGCUGGGCUGGAACGUGCCAAGCUGGAUCCGCUCUGCCGUGAAGCCGCUUCCAAAGAGGACGGCGGCGUGUGCUCCGUGGCAAACUGCCUCUUCCCCCAGGGCUUCUCGAUCGGCGGUACGGAGAAGGCCAUAAAUACACUGAAGGAGCUUGCAGAGAAGAAUGGGGCACUUCAGGCAAAGGUGCUGAAGACCGCUGGCGCAUUCCACACUUCCUUGAUGCAGCCGGCCCAGGACAAGCUUUCUGCAGCUUUGGAAGAGACGCUCCCGAACAUGAAGCCCCCCAUGCACUCAGUGUGGAUGAAUGCUUCGGCACAGCCCAUUCGUCCUGGCACGGAUCCAAAGGAGAUCGUGGCUUUGUUGAAGAGGCAGCUGACGAACCCUGUCCUCUGGGACGAUUCCAUGAAGGCAAUCCUCAAGGAGGGUGUGAACGAGUUCUAUGAGGUUGGCCCCAUGAAGCAGAUCAAGGCCAUGAUGAAGCGAAUCGAUGCAACAGCCUGGAAGGCAACGACAAACGUCGAGGUCUGA